UGCCUUUUCGACUCACUUUACCUCUGUCCUCCUACCUCCUAAUUUCAAAAACAAGAAAAUGGCAUUUGAAACAACAGGCAAGUUCCAGCUGGUCAUUGGAGAUGACGACAACUACGACAAAAUUAUGGAAGCCGUCGGCGUUCCUUUGGAGAAACGCCAAAAGGUUCGCAAUUUGAAGCCCAUCGCCGAGUACUCUCACGACGGUGACCAAUACAAAGUGACUGGAUCGGCCGAUGGCUUCCCUGAACGCAGCAAACUCUUUAUUUUGGACGUCGAGCAGGAAGAGACUACUAUAGAUGGACGCAAAGUCAAGAGCACUUAUAAACGCAAUGGAAAGCAAAUGAUCCAAACUGAAGUGCAGGAGAACGGUACGGCCAUCGUAUACAACCGUGAAAUCAAAGGAGACGAGAUGCAUGUGAAAAUCACCUGCGGCAACCUGGAAGCCAAUCGCGUUUUCAAACGGAUGUAGAUUCAUGGACGGACGUUGCUGGACCAUCCUAGAACGAGAAAUGCCCAUUUAGUCAUACACUUAUAGAAGUCACUACAAUUCUUAAAUGACGUUAUUAUAUGUUAAAUGAUUGGGCCUUUGGAACAAAUACAUUUGUCUGGCACAUUGCAAUACAA